AUGGGCGAGGCCACGUCUUCAAGGAAUAACGGCUCGGAGGUGACUGAGUUCAUCCUGCUGGGCUUCUCGGGCUCCCGGGCGCUCCGUCUGGGCCUGCUGGCACUGUUCCUGCUGGCGUACACACUGACCGUCACAGAGAACGUGGUCAUCGUAGCUGUGAUCCGCACCAGCCCCCUGCUGCAGAAGCCCAUGUACCUGUUCCUCAGCCACCUGGCCUUCCUGGAGGCCUGGUACAUCUCCGUCACCGUGCCCAAGAUGCUGCUUGGCCUCGUGGCCACCAAGUUCCAGCACAUCUCCUUUGCUGGCUGCAUGGCCCAGCUGUACUUCUUCCUGGCCCUGGCCUGCACCGAGUGUGUGCUGCUGGGCGUAAUGGCCUAUGACCGCUACGUGGCCAUCUGCAACCCCCUGCGUUACCCCACCAUCAUGUGCCCCGCACUCUGCAGCCUGAUGGCCACGGGGUCCUGGCUCUCGGGCUUCAGCAUCUCCCUGGGAAAGGUCUUCUUCAUCUCCCGCCUUGGCUUUUGCGGCCCCAACAUCAUGAACCAUUUCUUCUGUGAUGUGUCCCCCCUGCUCAACCUCGCCUGCUCAGAUAUGUCUGUGGCAGAGCUCGCGGACUUCCUGCUGGCCCUGCUCAUCCUGCUGGGGCCGCUGCUGGUCACCGUGUCCUCCUACGCCGCCAUCCUCAGUGCCGUGCUGCACAUCCCAUCUUCCACUGGCCGCCAGAAGGCUUUCUCCACCUGCGCCUCCCACCUGGCCGUGGUAGUCAUCUUCUACUCCGCAUCCCUCUUCAUCUAUGCCCGCCCGCGUGCCAUCUACUCCUUCGACUACAACAAGCUGGUGUCUGUGGUCUACACGGUGCUCACGCCCUUCGUCAACCCCAUCAUCUACUGCCUGAGGAAUAAGGAGGUGAAGGAGGCACUGCGCAGGGUGGCACAGAAGCUGGCCCAGGCCCUGGGUGCCCCCACCUAA